AUGGCAAAGUCAGACUACGAGAGCGACGAGCUGCUGGACAGCGAGGAGGAUUACGAGCUCGAGAGCGAGGACGAAUACGAGGAAUACGGCCAGGAGGACGACGAGGAAGAGGUGAUCCCGAAACGGCGUGGGCGCCCGCUGAUUGAGGAGGCCGUGGUCCAGGAGGUGGGCAAGCGGCGACGGGCCGCGCCGCGCACGUACAGGGAGCCGACCGAGGACGAAUUGCCGUAUUCUGAGGAUCUGGACGAUUCGGCUGACGGGUCGACGCAGCAAGAAAAACAGUUUACAGAGGAGGAGCUGCAGCUGCGGCGGCUCGAGAACGCACGCAAGCGCAAGAACUUCACGAUGAAACGGCUGGAGAUGGAGAAACAGGACACAUUAAAUAAGUUAUUGCUCAAGCGGGCCGACAAGGUGCGCAAUCUCAAGAACCUGGAGGGCAAGGAGUACGGCGACGAGGAGCCGGCACCGGCAGAGGUGCCGCGGCGGCCUGUACUUGUGCACCCUGCGCUGUCGCGCUGGGACUGCAAGCUUCAAGAGGGCAAAGUGUUGAGCACGUAUUCGUAUAAUGGAUACCGAUAG